UUUAAAUAGUUUAAAGUCAUAGAGAUUUUUUUGGAAAAGCAUUUCGCACUGGAGCGGUGCGCGAUGCUUUCGCACGCCGACCUGCUGGAUGCUCGCCUCGGUGAGUUAUCAACGCCAAACUCCGGUCUGCAACUCUACUGGAUGAAGGAUGCCGCGGCGGAGCUUCUGGGUCACAGGGAGGCAUUGAAGUGUAGGCUGGGCGGCGGUGUAGCUGACCCGGGCCACCCCGGAGAACUCGCCCCGGGCUCCGAUGCCGUAGAAGGGGCCACUCAUCUCCCCGGAGACGAUAUCAACAAUGCUGGAUCCAAUCAGCAGGGUGUAGCGGUGAACAGUAAGGACCAGGAAAAGCAGCAGCAGCAGCAGCAACAGAACCCCACCCAGUCUGGCGGGCAACAGAGUCAAAAACAAAAACGCCACCGGACUCGGUUUACUCCGGCCCAGCUCAACGAGCUGGAGCGUAGCUUCGCCAAAACCCACUAUCCGGACAUCUUCAUGCGCGAGGAGCUCGCGCUCCGGAUCGGCCUGACGGAAUCACGCGUGCAGGUUUGGUUUCAGAAUAGACGCGCAAAAUGGAAGAAGCGCAAGAAGACCACCAAUGUGUUUCGCACUCCGGGCACUUUGCUGCCCACUCACCACGGCCUACCGCAGUUCCCCUCCGCCGCGGCGGCCGCAGCAGCUAUGGGCGACAGCUUGUGCUCUUUUCACGCUAAUGACACCCGUUGGGCGGCGGCUGGGAUGCCAGGAGUCUCUCAGCUACAGUUACCUCCCGCCCUAGGCCGACAACAAGCCAUGGCACAGUCUCUAUCCCAGUGCAGUCUGGGCGCCGGACCUCCACCCAACUCCAUGAGCCUGUCCAACAUGUCCUCCAAUGGUUCCGGGCUCCAGUCCCACCUCUACCAACCCACCUUCCCCGGUAUGGUGCCCGCGUCUCUCUCCGGUCCCACCAAUGUGACCGGCUCGUCUCAGCUCUGUAGCUCCCCGGACACUGACGUCUGGAGAGGGACGAGCAUCGCGUCCCUGCGCCGCAAAGCGCUUGAGCAUACAGUGUCCAUGAGUUUCACCUAAUACUUUGAUGUGCUAGUCUUCUCCUGUUCCUCGUCCACUCAUCAUUUCUGACCCAGUGACGCACAAGGAAGUCUAAGGAUACAAGAAUGAACUGUGCGUACCUAAUGGAGAUAAAAUACCAAGCAUCACAUAGUCUGAAAAAUAGCCUCCUUUUCAAUCUAGCAAACGUGAAUCUAUUUAUUUAUUAUUAUGUCCUAUUUAUUUGUUUAUUAUUAUUAUUAUUAUUUAUUUUUUUUUUAGCACUUUUUUUUUUGUUUUGUUUUUUAAAUCUAACUGUAAGCAAAUGUCAACAUCUGGGACAGAAAAUAAACUGCACAUUUGCGAUGUAUUCGUUAAUUUUCGUGUCAAGAUAACUGCGUUUGAUCUCAGAGAAACCAGACUAUAUAGCGACGGCUAUACGCGCACCGGGCACACGCUGUGCAAUGAAGCCGGAUUCUGGGAGUAAAGUUAUCUCUCUUUAUAUAUUUUUAGUAUUAUUAUUAUUAUUAUUAUUAUUAUUAUGGAAGGAACCGUUCAAGUUUUAGGACUGUUUUAUGAAAGUAGGUGGAAGAAUGAAAGGAAAAUAUUUCAGAAUGAAUUAAGAAACUUGACUGCAUGUGCCGACAAAGUUAAACACUGGGGAAAUAUAAUUUAAAAGAAAAGUAUGACUUUGUUAUAUGCUGUUAGGAUGUUUUGUGUAGAUAAAGCAUUCUUAAAUUGUUCCCAUUCGGUCAGUUUGUGAUAUGUUCUAAGUUACUGUAUGUGCUUAAAUCAAUAUAAAUUUCUUAAAUGUUUGAUCUUCUUAACGGCUGUUU